GGGGUUCUCAGAGUAGGUACAAAAGGGGCCUGCUUCGCUUUACCCUUCUCAUGGUUGCUUGAUCCGUCCUCUCCCAUAAUAAUCAAUUUUUGACUUCCUGGAAAUCUUUCCUUACCUACCUAGGUAGAUACUACGAUGAAGCCCCCCAGAGGACCGCACAGAAGGAACUAUAUGGAAGAUGACAUCGAUGUGAACAUAGCGAUCGUUAACGAGAGCCCUGUCCCUAAAAAUGUCGACGAAUGCACGAAGAGAGAGUACCGCCGCCAACUUCAAAAUUGGGAUGACUAUAACAAGAAAUGGGGUCCCAAAUCAGUUGAUAAUCUAGCCGAUCUCAAGGAGUUUGUGCUUCGCAUGGGAAAGGCAAUACGUAAACAUAAAGAUUUGAGCCCAGAGGAUACUCUGCCAUAUAGCGGUUUAAAAUCCUACUGGAAGCAAUUUACAGCUGGCUACCGAAUAUAUCGAGGCCCUAUACGAGAUGAAUUUGUCACAUCUAUCAAGAGAUUUAUCGAACCUCGAGGAGAAUUAGGCAAGCUCCUUAACCUUGUACCAGAUUCGGGGCCAAGGAGACAUGCCACUGAAGUCACUUUUGCUUGGGAGGGAUGUUUCCUCUGGUCUCUAGAUUGGAAGACGUUUUCACGCCCACGUUUCCGCGUAGAUCUUUGGGCAGCUGUUUCUGCGGGUGCCUACACAAGCGGCCGUAUCUCUGACUACCUCGAGUCUGGAUCUAGGUUUGGUACAGGCAUUGGGCUACAUUAUAAGGAUACAGAAUUCAUUGUAUUUAGAAACGAGCACGGGCUAGAAGAAUUCUCGUUGCAACUUACCAAGUUCUUAAAGGGCAAGCACCCCAAAUCAAGCAAGCUACCACAACCAGAUAUUCACGAAGGGGGGUUCGGGGCUCCGCAGCCUCUCUACAUGAACCCAUUGCUCUUCUUUCUCGUCAUAUUCUGCGUGAACGGAGCCUUGAGAGAUUAUCGCGGGGAACAAGGGCUAUUUAAACUCCUCGACCUAAAACUAUGCGAAGAUACACCUAUGAUGCGUAUCCAUUGGCACCGAAGCGUUUUAAACCAACCACUGUUCACGGGAAUGAGUGGGAAGAUAUUAAGAGCGCGGGAGGUAAGUGAGGGAUUAAGGGCAUUAGGGAUCAGAAGUGGGUUUCCGAAACCACCUACAUUUCACGAUUUCCGAGCAGAAGGUCUUACUAAUAUCGACUUGAAACCAUUUUAUUCGGAUACGCAAAGGAAUAGGAUUGCUGGCCAUGAGAAUAACCAGAUGCAUCAACAACACUACGCAGCUAGAAAUGGAGGUAUCGAUAGCCAAGCAGUAUAUCAGGACAAAGAAGCCAGAUCAAUUAAUCUCGGGAGGCUCUUUCGCCUAGUCGAGGUAGAAUGGCAGCCAUCUUUGUGGCAAUCGUUGCCUUUAAUGAAAAGGAGGGAGCUGAUGCAAACUGAAGAAUACAAGGCUAAGGAGCUUCCACUUCUCGAAAAGGGGAAGUUAGAAACAGCGAGUUUGACGGUAAAGGAGGGGAGCGAAUCUUCGGAGGAAUGCAAAAACCUCCUUCAUCCUAACCGUAAGCCUAGAAGGGAUAUAAAACGACUUGAACAGAUGAAGCUUCAGGAAUAUUGGGAAGAGACGUCCACAGGAAACAUUGUCGGAUCUGAAGUAUAUGCUUGCAGGGGAGUGAAUCGCCCCUUUUCGAGAUUGAGACCGAUCCUUCCAAACCGUCGUAGGCUGGCUGACCUCCUACCUAUGUCGUCGAGACUACGCAGCGAAAAGGGGAGAGAAGCACUACGGGAACUAAUAGCCCUUUAUCAGAGCAAGUCGGAAGUUUACCGCCCAGGGCUUGACAAAUGUCCUUGCGAAUGCAACCCGAAAACCCAACUACACGUCUACCGCUGCACAAAGAAGUCGCGUCGUUUUGCAGAGUUUUGUUUCUUUUGCAACGAAUGGCUCUACGAUUUCGAUGCCUGGGAGCAACACUGUCACUCGCAUUUGAGCCUGGACCAUCUCCCAGUAGAGGUAGCAUACGAGAGAGUAGAAAGCACAUUCUUGCCAGGCUAUUGUCCGUACUGCCUAUGGGACACGUCCCUUUCGGCGGCCAGCCGCCUGCGCCAGUUCUGUACCAAAAGCCAAUGGGAAGCUGAGGUUAGGGACCACGGGUUGCGCUGGCAAAGACAGCAUUGCCCAGACGAGCGUUGCGCCGAGGAGUUCAAAAACGGCGAUUCCUUCGUCUGCCAUAUGCAUGACCUGCACCGCGUUCCGGAAGAACUAUUAAUAGCAACUGCAAGAGGGUUGAAAAGAAAAGCCGAUAUGGUUGAAGAUAUUCGUCAGCCCAAGAUUAAGAUAAGAAAUGCAUGGGAUGAUGCCACUUCUGUCUUCGAUACAUGGUCGUUUGAAGAGGCUACGUAAGUUGCCUGCUCUGCGUAGACGAUAUCAACCAGUGAGCGGUUUCGUUUUGGCUGUCUGGCUAGAAACGGACGGAUGUAACCCUAACUCGCCCAUAAGAAGGUGAAAAAGACAGAUAGAUCCUCUAAGUAGCUUAUGUAGGAAGAAUGAAUUUUCGUUUCUUACUCGAAGCUAUAGAAAUGUCGAAACAGAGUAACAUAGAGCGUGGGAAAUGGCGUACUAAAUGUCGGGAGAAGCUAAGUGAACAUAUUGGUUAGCUCUUUAUCCGCAAGAAUCUGACCGGUACUAAGAAGGAUUACAGAAAAGCAUUUGGGUAUAAAUAUAAAACCAUCGCAAGUGAGGCUGCAAUCGACUCGUGAGGAUGGUUACUUAUGGAGAGCGCUUCCCGAGAAGCAACAUCUGUUUUCUAAGAAUUUGAGCGAACACUCAGCUAGAGCAUACAAAGACUUGUGCGAGGGAGUGGGAACUACUUUCGAGGCAGUGAGAGCCACUCCGGAUUCAUAUCCAGGCCAAGAUGCGUUUGUAGGUACUGAUUAGCAUG